AUGGCCACCCCUAGUGUCCUCGCUUUUGACGCUGAGGGUCGAGCCAUUGACUUUGAGUGGGCCACCCGCGAUGCUGCUGCACGUCUUGCUGUGCGUCGCCACCUGCCUACCACUGAGCGCGCGCACUUUAGUCAGUACAAGAGUGCUCAGACCUUGUACGACGCUGUAGUUGCGCGCUACUCUUCCACUGCCACUGCUGCACUGAGCCGCCUCAUGCUACCGUACCUCUUUCGUGACCUUGCUUCCUUUCCCACAGUCGCUGACCUCAUUACGCACCUCCAGACUAGUGACACUCGCUACCGCGCCGCGCUUCCUGCUCAGUUCUGCGCCAAGAACCCCCCCCCCCCCCCCCCCAUGUACAUCACUCUCUAUUACAUAGUCACCCGCCUCCCUGACUCCCUUCGCCUAGUCAGGGACCACUUCCUCUCGGUCUGUCCCACCACUCUCACUGUUGACCUCCUCGAGAAGGCUCUCCUGGCAACGGAGCAGAGCAUCGUCGCUGUAGGAGCUUCUCGUGGUGACCCUCGCACCCCCAUCUUUGAGGGGUGUUCUCCUUCCCCCCUGCUGCCCUCUCUUGCCUCUGCCGCUGCCGCCGACCUGCUUGGCCUUGAGUUGGUUGGCGCGGCGUCUGCCCCUAGCGGGAGACGCCGCUCUGGUAAAGGCAAGGGGGGCAAGGGCGCGGGUGGAGCUGGCGGGGGCGGUGGAGGUGGCGGUGGAGCGGGCGGAGGGAGUGGGGGUGGCGGUGGGAGUGGUGGCGGGGGUGGCGGUGGUGGUGGCAGUAGCGGAGGCGGUGGCGGCGGCGGUGGUGGCGGAGGUGGCAGAGGUGGAGGCCGUGGUGGCGGAGGGGGUGGAGCUGGUCGGGGUGGUGCCCCGCAGCGGAGCGGCUCUGGUGGAGGUGUAGCUAUCUUUGAUCUUGAAUUUGAUGCUAUCCUUGCUGCCAUGUAUCCUGUGACUAUUAGUGAUGAGGGUGACUGGUACCGGUGUUUCCCGCCCGAACCGGGCAUUGGUACUGCUGCGCUAGGUGCUUGUGAGGCUGCUGCUCUAGGUGCAAGUGCGUCUGCGCUCUCAGGUACUGGUGAGGCUGCGCUCUCAGGUACUGCGUCGGCUUCGGCCACCCUCACCUUCACACUUGACUCCGGGGCUUCUCGCUCCUUCUUUCGAGACCUCACCACACUCACGCCGCUUGGUCGGCCGGUUGCAGUUUCCCUGGCGGACCCCUCUAGGGGUCCUGUCCUCUCUCACUUCUCCACUGUCCUCCCGUGUCCGGCUGCCCCCUCGGGCACUCUGUCUGGUCUGUACCUCCCCUCGUUCUCGACGAACUUGGUGAGUGGUGCUGACCUGCAGGAUGCGGGGGUUCACCAGUUUACUCCUGCAAGUCAGCGGGUAGCUGCGUCGGGUCAGGUGUUUGCUGCUGCGUCCCGGUCUGGUCCUGAGUCUGCCCCCUGCUCGUGUCGCCUCCUGUCUCACGAGACUCUCCUGUGGCACCACCGUCUGGGCCACCCCUCCUUGCCGCGUCUUCCGGGCAUGGCUUCCCGUGUCCUUAUGCUUCACAUGGACGUGUGGGGCCCGGCCCGCGUCCGUGGACAGGGUCACGAGCGCUACUUCCUGCUGGUGGUUGACGACUACUCGCGUUACACCACGGUCUUCCCCUUGCGCAGCAGGGGUGAUGUCACUGCGGUGUUGAUCGACUGGAUUAGCGCAGCUCGUCUCCAGCUCAGGAGGAGCUUCAGCUCGAACUUUCCUAUUCUGCGUCCGCACUCUGAGCGAGGUGGAGAGUUCUCCUCUGGCCUUCUGCGAGCCUACUGUCGUGCACGAGGCAUACGCCAGACCUUUACGCUUCCGGACUCUCCGCAGCAGAAUGGGAUUGCUGAGCGCCGCAUCGGCAUGGUCAUGGACGUCGCUCGUACGUCCAUGAUGCAUGCGGCUGGCCCCCAUUUUCUGUGGCCGUUUGCGGUUCGGUACGCGGCGCAUCAGCUCAACCUUCACCCCAGGGUCUCCCGCCGGGAGACCUCCCCAGCCUUGCUGUGGACGGGGAAGGUGGGCGAUGCGUCUGCGUUCCGUGUCUGGGGAUCUCGGGCGUUUGUCCGCGACUUGUCUGCGAACAAGCUGUCCCCUCGUGCUGCUCCCUGUGUCUUCCUUGGCUUCCCCCCUGACGCGCCAGGGUGGCAGUUCUACCACCCCGCCUCUCGUCGUGUUCUGUCCUCCCAGGACGUCACGUUCGACGAGUCCGUCCCCUUCUACCGCCUCUUCCCCUACCACACUCCGUCCCUCCCCCCGCCUCCGCACUUCCUGGUAGACGCGGUCAAGCCAGUCAAGGUUGCUGGUGACUCUGGUACUGCUGCGGGUGCUGCGCCUGGGGGUGCCGGCUCUGGGGGUGCUGCGCGCGUGGGUGCUGAGCCUGAGGGUACUGCGACUUCGGGUGCUGAGCCUGAGGGUGCUGAGCCUGGGGGUGCUGAGCCUGGGGGUGCUGCGCCUGGGGGUGCUGAGCCUGGAGCUGCUGAGCCUGGGGGUGCUGAGCCUGGAGCUGCUGAGCCUGUGGGUGCUGAGUCUGGAGCUGCUGAGCCUGGGAGUGCGGAGCCCGUGGCCGCUGGACCUGCUUGUGUGCCGUCAGGCGGUGCUGGGCCUGGUGGUUCUCUCGGUGCUUCGUCUCGGCAAGAGCCACUCUCUCCUCAGGAGCUGCGCGAGUGGUUUGCCCGGCGCUGGAGGCGUACUGCUGGAGCUGGAGUUUCUUCGGCCGCUGAGGGUGCUGGAGCUGCUGUACCUGCGGGUACGACUGGUGCUCGUCCUGCGGAGGGUGUUGGCACGGAGGCUACUUCUGUUGGUCCUGCCGGCCGUUCUGCUGCGGGUACUGCUGGUGCUGGCGGUGCUGGUGUUGCCGCUGAGGGUGCUGGUGCUGUCCCUGCUGUGUCUGGAGUCACCGCGCGGCCUCGGCCAUACUUCGUUCCGCUCCUUCAGCAGGUUCUUGGUCUUCCUCCUCCCUUAGAGUGUCCACCGCCUGUCCAGUCACAGUUACAGUUACCGCCGGCCUCCCCUCUUCCUGCUCCUUCUCCCUACGCUGGUCUUACUAGAGGUCUUGCUGAGCGUCGUGAGCCUGCGUCUCGUCCUGCGUCGCGUGUCCGUGCUGCUCGCUCUAGUGGUCGCGGUACGCGUCAGCGUCCUCCUCCUGUCCCUGGCACGCACCGGAUGUCUCUGCGUCCGUCCACUACUCCCCUGCGUGCCCCUUUGCCUUCUCCUCCUGCGUCCUCUUUUCCUGCACUUACCGACCCGGAGUCGGACUCUCUUCGCGCUGCCAGUCCUACUGUCACGCGUCUUCUUGCUACUGUUGUCACUGACCCCUCUUUUGAGUCCUCUGCUGCGUCUGCUCUGGUUACUGAGCUCGUCAAUUUUGCUGCUCGCUGUCGCCUAGACUACGCUGCUUGUCUUGUUGCUGAGUCUACGUCUGUCUGUCCUCCGUCCGUUGGGGGUGAGUGUGCUCUUGGCACGGACGUCCUUGAGGACAGGCAGGAGGAGUUCCAGUGUCUGGCAGCUGCUUCACCUCAUCUCGCGUCGGUACUGCUUGCCCCUGAGGGAGACCCGGAUGCACUUGACAUCCCGACUGCGCGCUCUUACGCGGAGGCCUCCACAGGCACCUACGUUGACGCGGUUCCCCCUCCUGGGGCGAACAUCGUCAGUGGCAUGUGGAUCUUCAAGGUGAAGCGGCCGCCGGGCUCUCCAUCUGUCUUCAAGGCGCGGUACGUAGCUCGUGGCUUCAGUCAGCGGCUGGGAGUUGACUCCUUUCAGACUUUCUCUCCCACCCCGAAGAUGACCACUCUUUGGGUGCUACUACACAUAGCCGCGCAGCGUGACUACGAGCUUCACUCCCUUGACUUCAGCACAGCUUUCCUGCAGGGUAGCCUGCACGAGGAGAUCUGGCUGCGCCGUCCACCUGGCUUCACUGGGACUUUCCCUCCUGGCACCCAGUGGAGCCUCCGACGGCCAGUCUACGGUCUCCGCCAGGCACCACGCGAGUGGCACGACUCACCGAGGACUACGCUUGCGGCUCUUGGGUUUGCUCCCUCUACUGCUGACGCGUCGCUGUUUCUACGCACCGACACUUCUCUGCCGCCGUUCUACAUCCUCGUGUACGUCGACAACUUGGUCUUUGCCACAGCGGACACUGCUGGACUCUCCUACGUGAAGUCUGAGCUGCAGAAGAGACACAUGUGCACAGACCUGGGUGAACUGCGCAGCUACCUUGGCUUGCAGAUCACUCGGGAUAGAGCACGCCGCACCAUUACCUUGACUCAGUCACACAUGGUGCAGCAGGUCCUUCAGCGCUUCGGCUUCACGUACUCCUCGCCUCAGGCCACUCCUCUGUCUACUCGCCACUCGCUCUCAGCUCUGCCUUCGAAUGAGUCCGUAGAGUCGAGUGGCCCGUAUCCAGAGCUUGUUGGCUGCCUCAUGUACCUGAUGACCUGCACACGACCUGACCUUGCAUACCCUCUUAGCAUUCUUGCACGCUAUGUUGCUCCUGGGAGACACCGACCAGAGCACAUGGCUGCAGCAAAGAGGGUGUUGCGCUACUUGUGCAGUACGUCGGGCAUGGGGCUAGUGCUUGGAGGGCGGAGUCCAGUGGUCCUCACUGGGCACGCGGACGCUUCUUGGGCUGACGACCAGGCUACGCAGCGGUCGUCGCAGGGUUACAUCUUGAGUCUUGGUUCCGGCUCUGUCUCGUGGCGGGCUACUCGCUCGUCUUCUGUUCUCGGCUCCAGUUGUGAGGCUGAGAUCUACGCCGGGGCCAUGGCUGCACAGGAGCUUCGCUGGCUCACCUACCUGCUGACUGACCUUGGAGAGCCGCCUCGUUCUCCUCUAGUCCUGUACGUAGACAACAAGGUCAUGCUGGCCUUGUGUCGAGAGCAGCGCUUGGAGCACAGAACGAAGCACAUUGCUCUCCGUUAG